AUGGCGCGGAGUGCGCUUCACCCGAAAGAGCAUCCAGGGAUUUGCCUAUUUACAAUUUCUGUCGCCACGCUGACGGUUUAUUGGAUCAUCGUUUACGAGAUGUGGGCACGGCUACAGAAAAUGAUGCUCGUUCAUUGCUGGAGGAAUCUCGAUGACGCCGAAUGCCACGAGCCCGUUUCUUCUUCGGAAUUAUGGACCGAGCUUCUGGACGCCUUCGCCGUCAGCAUCAUCUACGGCGUCCUACCGGCUUGUUUGCUGAUCGGCAUCUGGACCGCCGGCUUUACGUGGCAAGCGGGAUGGCGGGUUUUCGUCAGGCCCGGCUUUUGCAUGAUCUACGCAAUCUGCGGCUUUCUCUUCGUGCUCGUCGAGCACCUCUGCGAGUUCUUCGACCGUUACUUGGACAAGGAGCAACCGGGCGAAUGGCUCUUGGUCCGAAUGUUCUGGCCGACGCUGAACUCCUCGCUGUUGGUCACCAUCUUUUCCUCAAUAACACCACUGACCUUUGGAGGGUUUUUGCCAUAUUAUUUUCUGGCAGUCGUCGUCUCCUUCUCGACCUCGAUGGCAAUUGGUGUCAAGAAAUUUGGGAUUGAGUGGGGGAUAGAGGAGCCCGAAAAGAAGCCGCUGCUCACUUCGGUGCUUGCCGCAGCUUGCCGGUACAGCCCAAGCAGUCCAUUGCUG